CGCAGUAUGGAGGACCAGCUACUUUGCUGCGAGGUGGACUCCAUCAGGAGAGCCUACCAGGACGUCAACCUGCUCAACGAUCGGGUUCUCCACACCAUGCUGAAGGCAGAGGAAACCUACCUACCGUCUCCCAACUACUUCAAGUGUGUUCAGAAAGAUAUUAUUCCUAAAAUGCGGAAAAUAGUUGCCACAUGGAUGUUAGAGGUCUGCGAAGAACAGAAAUGCGAGGAGGAGGUUUUCCCCCUAGCUAUGAACUAUUUGGACAGAUUUUUAUCAGUGGAGGCCACCAGGAAAACCCGACUACAACUGCUGGGGGCCACAUGCAUGUUUCUAGCAUCUAAGAUGAAGGAGACCGUUCCCUUAACAGCAGAGAAACUCUGUAUCUACACAGACAACUCCAUUCAGCCUGGAGAACUACUGCAAAUGGAACUGCUGGUUCUCAACAAGCUGAAGUGGGAUCUGGCUUCAGUCACACCCCACGACUUCAUUGAGCACUUCCUGUCCAAGCUGAAGAUCUACCCGUCCACCAAGCAGAUCCUGAGGAAGCAUGCCCAGACCUUUGUGGCACUUUGUGCUACAGAUGUUAACUUCAUUGCCAGUCCUCCAUCCAUGGUGGCAGCGGGAAGUGUGGUUGCAGCUGUUCAAGGUCUCUACCUGAAGAGUCAAGAUGUCUCCUUGUCCUCCCAAAACCUCACCAACUUCCUGUCGCAAGUCAUUCGCAGUGACCCGGAUUGCCUGCGUUCAUGUCAGGAGCAGAUAGAGUCUUUGCUAGAGUUGAGUCUGCGGCAGGCUCAGCAACAUAGCAGCACAACAGAAACCAAACUAAUGGAUGACGACGUGGACCUGUCCUGCACUCCAACAGACGUUAGAGACAUAAACAUCUGAAUUACCAACAGCUGCGUUGCACAAUGACCUGAUGAUCGAAGAUCAGUUAGGUAUAGAGGUUGUUGAAGAGACUGCUGAGGAGAGGGCUAUGCCCUAGUUUAAAAAAUCAGCCACUCAUGCCUCUUCAACCUGUUGGUCUACUAUCCUAUCUGACAUGUCACUCACAUGCACGCCAUCUGCUAUGACUGCCAAGAAGGGACAGAGCGCCCUCUGCAGGCCCUGCAGUAAACCCCACGUUACAUUUCCUGCCAGUGUCCCCUCCCAUCCUUGGAAAUGAACUGAACACUAGACAAGUGCCAGGAGAAAGACUAUGAAUAUUGAUGACCUGUGUGGGCUGGAAGUGAAGCCACAAAAAAACACGUUUUAUUCUUGUUCCCUAAAAUAUUAAACUAGGAAUGAUACAAUUACAGCAGACUCAACUUGCCUACAUCACAAAGUGUCA